CCAAGACUGAGCGGAAGCAUGGACGGACGGAGCAGAAUGCCCCGCUGGGGACUCUUGCUGGUACUCUGGGGCUCCUGCACCUUGGGUCUCCCUGCGGACACAUCCUCCUUCCGACGGAUCUUCCUCAAGAAAAUGCCCUCCGUUCGGGACAGCCUGAAGGACCGAGGCGUGGAUAUGGCCAGGCUCAGUGCUGAGUGGGGCCAGUUCACCAGGAGGCUCUCCUUCAGCAACAGCACCUCACCAGUGGUCCUCACCAACUACCUGGACACCCAGUACUACGGUGAGAUCGGCAUCGGCACACCACCACAGACCUUCAAAGUCAUCUUUGACACGGGUUCAGCCAACCUCUGGGUACCCUCCACCAAGUGCAGCCCCCUCUACACUGCCUGUGAGAUUCACAGCCUCUAUGACGCCUCAGAAUCCUCCAGCUACUUGGAGAAUGGGACGGAAUUCACCAUCCACUAUGGAUCAGGGAAGGUCAAAGGCUUCCUGAGCCAGGACGUAGUGACUGUGGGCGGAAUCACAGUGACACAGACAUUUGGAGAGGUCACAGAACUGCCCUUGAUACCCUUCAUGCUGGCCAAGUUUGAUGGGGUUCUGGGCAUGGGCUUCCCUGCACAGGCCGUCGGGGGUGUCACCCCUGUCUUUGACCACAUCCUCUCCCAGAGGGUUCUGAAAGAAGAUGUCUUCUCUGUCUACUACAGCAGGGACUCCCACCUGCUAGGGGGAGAGCUCGUGCUGGGGGGCAGUGACCCCCAGUAUUACCAAGGGAACUUCCACUACGUGAGCAUCAGCAAGACUGGCUCCUGGCAGAUCACGAUGAAGGGGGUGUCUAUAGGGUCUGUCACCUUGCUGUGUGAGGAGGGCUGCAUGGCAGUGGUGGACACCGGUGCAUCCUACAUCUCGGGUCCCACCAGCUCCCUGAGGCUGGUCAUGGAGGCCCUGGGGGCCAAGGAGCAGAGCACAGAUGAAUAUGUCGUGAACUGCAACCAGGUGCCCACCCUCCCUGACAUCUCCUUCCACCUGGGAGGCAGGGCCUACACGCUCACCAGUGCCGACUAUGUGUUACAGGACCCCUACAGUAGUGAGGACCUGUGCACAUUGGCCCUCCAUGGCCUGGACAUCCCACCGCCCACUGGGCCCAUCUGGGCCUUAGGUGCCAGCUUCAUCCGAAAGUUCUACACAGAGUUUGAUCGGCAUAAUAAUCGUAUUGGCUUUGCAUUGGCCCGCUGAGCCCUCCGCUGCCUGGGGAAACCCUGACUUCAGCCUGAGUCCCUCUGCCUUGGCCUCUACGCUCAUGUGGGGACACUGGAUGUGGAGCUCCUGCUAGAUGCUUGCCCUGCCCCCUGCACCAGCCCUUCCCUGCUCUGAAAAUAAAGACUUCAUGUUCAUGA